AUACUCUUUGACCGAGCAGCUGUCAAUGCACAGUGCAGAGAGUCACGACGAGCAGGGGGGCUUUGUGGACGGACGACGGCUUAGAAAUGCAGCGCAGCGACGAUUUCUGUAGUUUACCACAUUAUCGAGGCAGGACUCUAGACGUCAACACCUAAUGCGUGAACAACGAGCCGAGGGUUGAGACAAUUUCCUCAAGUGUGCUAUUUUUUGUUGUUGUUGUGCACUGCUGUGGGCUGAGUGCUGUCUGCUCUGCACGGUCCAUCCGACAAAACCAGUCCAGACAUGAGUACCGUCAAUCUGAUCUUCUGGGACCAGUUGCAGGCUGGCAGCUCCGAUGUGGACUGGUGUGAAGGCAACUACCUGAUCUACCCCAGCAUCGCUGAGUUUUACAACACGAUCAGCAACAUUUUGUUUUUUGUUUUGCCGCCCAUAUUAAUGUGCUUGUUCCGCCAAUAUGCAACACAUUUCAACAGUGGGAUUUACCUCAUAUGGAGUCUACUAGUGGUGGUCGGUAUUGGAUCGACAUAUUUUCACGCCACGCUCAGCUUCCUGGGUCAGAUGCUGGACGAGCUGGCCAUCUUAUGGGUGCUUAUGUGUGCCAUCGCCAUGUGGUUUCCCAAGAGAUACCUGCCCAGGAUGUUCAGGAGGGAUCGGUCAAGGUUCAAAGUGGUCAUCGGCAUCUUGUCAGGGAUCACCACUGGGCUGGCCUUUGUGAAACCCGUCGUAAACUCAUUGUCUCUAAUGACUCUGGGCAUCCCAUGCACCGUACUCCUCAUUACUGAGCUUAAAAGGUGUGAAAACCCACGUGUGUUCAAGUUGGGUCUGGUCUCGGGGAUCUGGUGGGGACUGGCUCUGCUUUGCUGGAUCAGUGACAGGAUAUUCUGUGAGAUGUGGUCAUCUGUCAACUUUCCAUACUUGCACUGUGCUUGGCACAUCCUCAUUUGUCUGGCUUCCUACUUGGGGUGUGUUUGCUUCGCCUACUUUGACGUUGCCACUGAAGCCCCGGAGCGAGGACCCGUCAUCAUGUUCUGGCCCAACGAGAAAUGGGCCUUCAUCGGCGUGCCCUACAUUUCCUUUCUCUGUGUCCACAAGAAGUCUUCUGUCAAGGUGACUUAAUGUGACCCGAGUCUGCAGCUCUGCUGGUCGCGCUUUAACACUUUCUCGCCAAGAUGCAUCCAAACAACUUGGCAGCUUUGCUGCCACUUGUGCUCCUGUGACUGGGUGAUGUAGGUGAUGCAUAUUUAGGCCAACGGUGAGGAUUUAUCUGUUUCUUUUUCCAUCCCUGUAAGGUUUCAAUACAUAGCAGUGUUUAUGCAACUCUGUCAAAGAACAAAAUGUGUCAAAGAACAAAACUGUCAAAGAACAGAAGGUGUUAAAAUUAGUCCAACAUGACUCUUAAAGAGGGACUUUUCAAACAACAUAGUAUCAAAGCCAAGAUACCAUUACAGUGUUCCAAACAUAAUCUCAGGCUUCACAUAUGAGAUCAUGUAAUUAUUAGUAUUAUGCAUUUCUGGCUUCUUUAAAAAGAAGAUUUUGUACAUUUUAUAGUAACUCAGAAAACCUCAUUAUAAAGCAUUGUAUUGGCUUUAUAAAUAUAAGUAUAGCAUCUCAUAGGUGCAGUCUGGCCAUCAUGAAAGCACAUUUAGAAACAAUAAAGCACUGGAUCCAUUAACUGUGAUUAAUGCAUAAUGCAUUAACUAUUCAUCUUAUAUAACUUAGCCGAUCUUACUAUGCUCAAUGAAUCAACAAGUUGGUUUAUAAGAUGUUACAGAAGUGUUUCACACAAAGCCUUAUGUGUUUUAAAUACAUAAAGGAUUCAGGCUGCUAGACCUGCCCUCUUUGUGGACGGGCAUUUUUACUUAAAACGCCAGAAACGCAAGCUUCUUUCUGUUAUAAGUGUACUAUGUUUUGGUUCCAGCAUGCCAUUUUGAUUGUUCAAGUUAGUAUAUGAGAAAUGUGUUUAAUGUACUCCUGUAUAUAUUGUGUUAACUAACAAUGUGAUAUGCAGUUAUUUUCCUAGGAAAAGCAUAUCAUUCGUAUAUUACUGAAUGAAUAGGUACCAUUUGAUAUUGGCCAAAACCCAAAGUAAAAACAAACAAAAAAACUGAAUGUGAAAUCAAAAUGUAUUGAAAUAAGAUUAACUAAUCAAGGAAAUAAUUACUUAUUUUGCACAAAAUGAAUAAUGGUUCUCAAAGCCUUUGGCUGAAUGCACACUGCAGUGAUAAUUAUGUACUCAAAACUUAGCUUGCACCCUACAGCUUUUCAUGCUGAAGUUUUCACAGUGAAUUUUGUUUUCAUCCAAACGUCUCAACUCUUAAACUUCUCUUCAGGGUUAUUUAUUCUAGGCUCAGUAUUUUAGACUUUGUGCUAAAUAUAAUCAAAACUAUGAAAACUGUGCAAAAAGCCUUAAUCAAACAGGAUAACGGACUACAGAAGCAAAUGAAGGUACACUGUGUCCUUGUGUGAUGCAUCUGAAGCUGUUUGCUCUAAAAGGGGAAAUGCAGUGUGAUGAAUGUGCUGGAUAACAAAAGGAAAUGAGGUUUAGGUUAUAGCAGGAAAAGUUGUGGGACAGAUGAGGUAUUAUCACUGCUGACGCAAAACCUAGUCUAACUUUGUCUAACGUGUUUAUUUGACAAAAAUUAAUAGAAAUGAUGUGUGUAGAAUAUAAAAGGGAAUUGUGUUAGUGUUGUAAAGCUAAACAUUAAUCCUAAAAGACAAGUUUCACCAAAGCUUUUCACCGCAAACCAUUGUUUUAAAUGUUCUUGGAAACUGCCUCAAGCUGUGUUAACUGAUAUUAUUUUACUCCUGUCCUCCUGCAGAGGCUUCUGGGAACUCAACAAGCUAAAAUAUGCUGUGCACACAUGUAGGAUCAAACGAAGGAUCAUGGUUUAGAAAGUAAAAAAUGAGUUUCUUGAGUAUUUUGUUAAAUCCAAAACAAUUUAUAUUUUUCUAAGUGAGGUGCAGCCAAAUUUUAAGGGUGAAUGAUUUUUUUAUAUUGCAUGAUUACAACCUUUGUAUUGCCAAACAGUUUUUCUUUUUUUUAAUUUAUCUUCAGGAGAAACUUUGACAGUAUUGACAAUGUGAACAAAGUUGUUGUAGUGGCCAAGCUUUGCUGCAGAUGAUAUUGAAUCAUGUAUCUGAUCCACGAUGGUGGAUUGUUUGUAUGAAUCACCCUCGGAUAAAGGAGUUUGUGUGAACAGGACAGCCUGUGAAAUGCUGCCCUCUGCAUCGUGAUGUUUGUCUUGGCAUGAGGUAUGAUUAUGAUCUCAUUACAAUGCGCAAUGUCAUUUUUAUGGACUAACAUGUGUAUAUAAAUCUCAUUUUUUUCUCUGCCUGCAUUGACAAUACAGACAAACUGCACAGAAAUAUUUAUUUUCAUAAUUUAUCCUGUUUUGUAAACAAAUAUUUGUAAUAGUCUAGAACAUUAGUAUAUUUUAUUGUAUGCAAUAAACCAAGCCAA